AUGCGUCGGGUUCUGCUUCCUGUAGUACACGAUGUCACCAUGAGACUCUACUUUGGAAAUCUGACGCUGGGGGCGCGACUUUUCUUUCUGAGUGCGACGUCGCCCCUAGCGCAGCACUGUGUACGCGAUGGUUGCCGCGCUUUCGAAACCGCCACUCAUUGCUUCUUUGAGUGUGAGCCCGUCCAGAUACUGUGGCAGACGCUGUGGGAGCCUUGGGCUCCUGCUUUUCGAUGCUCACUGGGGUGGCGGUUGCUGAUUUUCCCGUCCGACCGCGAUGUCCACGAAGAUUGGCGCCACCAACGCGACACUCUUCUCAUUUUGUGGCACAUCCACACGACUAUUGUGUUCCACGCUCUGUGGCGUCUACGGAAUGACAUACAUUUCAACGGUGUUCGCGUGGUCAGCCCCAGCAUUCCUCGCUUGGGCUUCUCAUUUCGGCAACAUUACCAGCAUCUCUAUCGCCGAUCGGCCGAGUUUCAUCUCGUCAGCGACGAUAUAAAGACAGUUUUGCGCCGUCUGGGUUUCCCCGAACCCAUCGACGACGAUGAUCUACGCCUGUAUGGAUCCCCCAGCGGCAGAAUUAGGUUUCUUUAG